AAAAAAAGGGCGUAGCAAAUCCAACUCCUCUCGCCGGAAGAAACGGCAGCAGAAGGGAAAUCCGGGUUGAAUCGAUCCGAGUGAAGGGCAGCUUUUCAGCAGCCAUGGCCGCUAGAGCUCGAUGGCGGAUCCUCGCGCUGCCGCUCGCGCUGCUCCUCGUGAUCGGCUCGGCGCGCGGCCUCGCGAAGCCGGAGGCCGCGGCGGCGCCCAAGCCCCCCGUGCCGAAGGCCAUCUCGGACCUGAGGGACGCGAUCGUGAAGGGGCUGGGGUUCCAGGCGGAGGGGCUCAAGGUGUCCGGGUUCGACGUGCGGGACGCGCUGGUGGGGCACGCGGUGUCGUACGAGUUCGACAUCGAGGUCGGCAGGAAGGUCCUGCCGGUGCGCCUCCUCGAGGACGUCAACCGCUGGGACUUCGUCGACCUCCCCAUUUUCCGCUCCCAGGCCGACGCCGACGACACGGCGCUCGCCGAGAUCUGGAGGGCGGAGAAAGGGAGCGUCGUCGAGCCCACCCUACCGCCUUUCCAGCUCGCCGGGCCCAUGGAGCUCUGGAUCCAGGACGGCGACGAUGUCAGGCUCGCCUUGCCGCAUGACGUGGACGCUGGAACACUGAAGAAAGUUGUUUUGUCUGAUGGUGCCGUGGUAACAGUGAAGGGUGCCAGGGCUGUGAGCCUCCGGUUGCCACUUGAAUUGCCACUUCCGCUCAACCGUACCACUUACAAGGGCCGCCUCUCGAGCCUACUAUCCAUUGCACAAGCCCUACGUGGUGCAGCCCGGUCUAACCAGAAGCCCCUGCUCUCUCUUCGCAUUGAGGGCCCAACCUCUUUAUCCUCGAUUCCUUCCAUGUCUCCGAAAGACAAGCUCAAGCUCAAACGAUUGGCUCCAGGCCAAGUGCAGCUCUCCUCACGGACAGGGGCAGUCCCUGCUGCCACUGAAGAUGGGGAUGAAUCACCCAACACCGAAUUGUGGCCUCUCUUGUCACUGAACGGAUCCGAUGGUAGCCUACAGGGAUUCGAGGAGCUGUUGGCCUCGGUCCUUGGAAAGAAAGCAGGCGAGAAGGGGACAUUCAAGCUGCUGAAGGCGCGAGCCUCCGCACAAACCUAUGUCAAGAUGGCGUUCGCGGUGGAGAAGAAGCUUGCUGAGGGAGAGGUGAAUUGGUCCAAUUUUCCGGAGUGGAAGACGAAGCCCAAGAAGCUGAGAGCACACUAUGAGGUCCUUGCUCGAGUGGAGGGCGGCCAGGCGAUCCCCGAGAGGAUCGCGCAGGUGCAGCCUUUCCAGGCUGGCGAGGCCACAGCGGAGAGUGUACUCACCGGCAAUGUCACAAGGUCGAAGAUGGAGAUUAUCCAUCCGCCGCCGGUUUACUUCACUCUAUGAAAGGCAGAGGAGCUUGAGGUUGUUUUUAUCUCUUCAGAGCUACACGCCGUUGAGAAAAAAAAAAAGCUUUACAAGCGGCAAGAAGAUUGUGGCCUAUUGUUACUGACUGCUACAGGAAUACUGGCUAGCUUUGUAUAAAUAUCAACUCGAAUAACGAGCGAGACAAAAGAAAAGUUUGAAAUACCACUAGUUAGCAAUUGUACAUGUUUGGACGCAACAGACCAAUAGUGCGAAGUUGUUAAGUGUAGUGCCUCUUUUGUUCCCAA